AUGAAGCGGAAGAGCGCCCGAUAUCCCACUUUCCAGUUCCACUAUGGUGUCGACGACUGCCCAGGGCAAAAUCCCCGAAAGACAAAUCACCUGGUGCAGUGUGAUGUCGGAAUUUCGACCAUGCUACAAAUGAGGCUGUCGCAUGGCGGCCAACUUCGUGUUCCAGGUUCGUCGUCACUGCGCCUGGACGCCAUUUCGGGAAUUGACAGUGACGACAAGAUCGUGCUGGCGCUUUGCUGUCACAGGCCGCUUCCCGAGUGUGACUCAUACCCAAGCCCCUAG